AUGAGUGGGAGAGAAGGUUUGGUGUGUGACAAUGUCGGGAAUUAUGAGGUGGUUCUCGCCGAUGGUUCAAUCGUCAACGCCAAUCGAACCGAAAACCGUGACCUUUGGAUAGCCCUGAAGGGCGGAUCAAGCAACUUCGAAAUCGCCACUCGCUUCAAUAUUCGAACCUUCCAGCAAGGUGAUUUCAAUGGAGGUGUUAUUGUGUCCCCCAAAUCUACGGUCGAUACUCAGUUCGAGGGAUAUGUAAAUCUUGAUCCAUAUGCCGCUCUCAUCAUGAGUGUCUCAUGGAAUCAAAUCAGGAAUAGCUUUUCAGUCUUCACCAACCUUCAGUACACGAAGAAUGAUACAAGCUCAGCCGUACUGCAACCCUUCAUCCAGGCCCUACCUCAAUAUUUGGAUACAAUGCGGGUAUCAAACCUCACAGAUUUCGCCAAGGAAGCUUCAAGAUAUGCAGCGCCUGGCUUGCGCAACCAGUCCGCCACCACAACUUUCGGUGAAGGAUUGGAGUCCCUCAACACUGUCUACAAUAUCUGGAACUCUAGUAUCUCUGCCAUUUCUUCCAUCAAUGGUACGAACUGGGCGAUGGUAACCCAGCCAUUUCCAACAGCGUUCGUCUCCUCGAGCACCGAAGCAAAUUCACUCGGGCUUUCCACAUCCUCGAACCACCAAACACUCUUCCUUCUUUCAUACUCUUGGGCAUCAGCCGAAGAUGACCACGAGAUGACAGCAGCUGCGCAAAAACUUGUCAACGAUAUUGAAGCUGCCGUAAGCAAGGUCGGGGUAGCCAAUGACUUCAAAUAA